AUGGAGCAUAAACUAGCAACUGCGGAGAAAAAAGUCCUAGUAGAGCUGGUGAAGCUAGUGCAGAAGCGAGGUUUGGAAGGCGAGAAAGGAGGAUGGAAGGAAUUCCUAAAAUCUUACGACAAGAAAUUCGGAGCGAGUGUGAGUGAUCCUUCGAGGCGCUCCAAUGAUGUUUUGGUCGCUUUUCUUUCCUCAUUGAAUAAGAAAGAAGAUUUGCAGCUAUUGGCUAGGGUUAUGCAAUGUGAUGCUAAUCGUAAUCUGAUUGAGAAAUUCAAGGAAGAAUCUCCGGAUAAAGAGACUCCUGAGCAGAGGUUGGUCCGAAUGACUAUUGCACAUGACAAGUACCCAACAUUCUAUUCGUUCCCGUCUUAUGCCGACGAUUGGUUUGUAACGGAGAAUGGAAAGAAGAAGUCAAAAGUGAUGAAAUCGACGAGAAUGCUUGCUAUUGAUUGUGAGAUGGUUACCUGUGAAGAUGGCAGUGAAGCUGUGGUUAGAGUUGGCGCCGUGGACCGUGACUUAAAGGUGGUUCUUGACAAAUAUGUGAAACCGAGCCUACCAGUUGUUGACUAUAAGACGGACAUUACUGGAGUUACUGCUGAGGAUGUUGAGAAAGCUACUCUCUCUGUUGCAGACAUACAGAAAAAGCUACGGAGGUUUCUCUGUGCGGGAACUAUUCUUGUAGGCCACGGUUUGAACAAUGAUCUUCAAGUGCUGAAGAUAGAUCAUGCGAGAGUGAUAGAUACUGCGUUGGUAUUUAACUAUGCCGAUGCAAGAGCUUCUAAAUUACCUUCUUUGAAUAACGUCUGCAAGGCUGUUUUGGGGCAUGAAGUGCGAAUGACGGGUGCUACUCACAACUGUGUUCACGACGCAGCAGCUGCUAUGAAAGUUGUACUUGCUGUUGUCGAAAAAGGAGUAGACACCACCAUUGCACAACCUGAAGAAAUGGUGGAGGCUGAGAAGGCGAUACAGGAGGCGAAGAAGUCACAACUCCUCCUUCAUAAAAUACCUCACAGUGUUCCCUCUCAAGAGUUACAUGGACUUGUUUCCGGAGAUUUCACACUCGAUGUUAAGCCACCGAAAAGGCCAGGAGGUUAUUAUACCGCAGUCGUUGUUUUCAACAGUCCAGAAGAAGCAAAUGAAGCAUUUGAAAACGUUGAUGGAGACGCAGAUAAGGAUUCAGUAGGUUUCCCACAAAAAUUGGUUAAGAUUAAGCUGAGUUCUGGAUAUGAAGCUAGUUUAUACCUUCGUAAAAAUGCUCAAGACGGUGAAGUCACCACGAGAAAGAGAACUAACUCAGAGGAGGAUAAUGUGAGUUCAAAGAGACAGAGAAGAGAAGAUGAUGAUUCUGAGGAGACCAGAGAAGGAAAUGUAAACCUUUGUGAAGACCAUUUGAAGGAAAUUGAAGAACUGAAGGAGAAACUCAAAGCUAAGGAGGACUGUGUGAAGAGCAGCGAAGAUCAUUUAAAAGUAAUUGAAGAGCUAAAGGAGAAACUCAAAGCUAAGGACGUUGUGAAGAGCAAUGAAGAUCAGUUAAAGGAAAUUGAAGAACUGAAGCAGAAACUGAAAGCUAAGGAACUUGAGAAUAAGACUCAGGAUAAGAUGAUAACUAACCUCAAAAAGAAACUGGAGAAGAAAAAGUGA